GCUAGCUCCGCUGCGAGGCUGCUCUCGCGAGGGCGUUAAGGGUGCCAGCCCGGGCAGAGAAGGCGCGCAAAAAUAGUGCACUGCUGCGGCGAGCCGGAUUGCUGCGGCGCGCGAGCCGUGCAACGCCGCGCAGCACGCCGUCCCCGCGAGCACUCGAGCAGUGCACCUGGCCCAGCAGCGAGGCCGCGACAAGCUCACGCAAAUAGAGCACCAACCUAAAAUGUCGGCCCUCGACCGCGCCACGGCCGACGAGACGGAGCGGCCGCCCGACCCAAGUGCCUUCGGCGUCUACUACGCGCGGCUGCAGCACCAGCAGAACAUGCUGCAGGACGUGGUAAGGACGGACACGUACCGAAGGGCUAUUGUGGGCAACGCGGAUGAUUUUAGGGGGAAGGUUGUGUUAGAUGUCGGUGCUGGGACGGGAAUUCUGUCGUUCUUCGCGGCACAGGCCGGCGCCGGGCGCGUCUACGCCGUCGAGGCGUCGGCCAUGGCGGAAAGAGCGGCAUCUCUAGCAGCGUCGCAGGGCAACGCUCGGUUAGCCCGCUACGCGCCGGACGAAUCUCGAGCAAAAGCGGGCGCGCUGUCCACGUCGAAGCUCUCGGCGGACGCGGCCUGGGACGCCCUGGACCCGACGGCGCGCAUCCACGUGGUCCGGGGCAAGGUGGAAGAUGUUACUAUACCUGAACACGUGGAUGUUAUUAUAUCAGAACCUCUUGGCACGGAACACAGCGUCUACGUCAAUACAAACAACCCGGAUGACGACACACGCAAAACAAUCCUACGCCGAGCCAAAACGGCCUUGAGAGAUACGCACAUAACUCAGCUCAUUCCGACGGGUUACUUACUAUAUACACACAUCCCCAUGUCGCGAUAAAAUCUCACUCACGUGUAUAGGUUUCUUACUCGUCCACGAGCGCAUGCUCGAGGCCUUUAUUAAUGCAAGAGAUAGGUUUUUGAAGAGUGGAGGCCUCGUCAUGCCCUCGAGGGGCGACAUAUUUGCGCAGCCGAUCACCGAUGGUCAGUUGUGGCAAGAGCAGGAAGCCAAGGCAAGUUUCUGGCGUUCCCAAGAUUUCCAUGGGGUCGAUCUGUCGGCGUUACAUGAUGCGGCCCUCGACGAGUACUUCGGCCAGGCGGUGGUCGGCUAUUACCCGCCCGAGGCGGCUGUAAGUGACGACGUCGCGACGUACGCUUUUGAUUUUGGCACUUGUAGUGUGCAAGACCUGCGGAAGUUCGAAAUUCCUUUCUCGUUCCGCAUUACGAAAACAGCAAUACUCCACGGCUUCGGCUGCUGGUUCGAUGCCCGUUUUGACGGGUCGACGGAAAGGGUAGUACUCUCGACGUCACCGAAAGCCCCGGGCACGCACUGGUACCAGUCUCGACUACUAUUGCGACGGCCGAUCGCCGUCAACCCCGGCCAAUCUAUCUCGGGUACCUUGUCAUUUAAGGUUAACGACCGCCUGUCGUACGACGUUGAGGUGAAUGUGGUCUUGGACGGGACGUCGGUGUCUUCGCACCAGCGCGUGCGUUUGGACGACCAGAUGUACCACUACCUGACGCCGGGCCAGCCCCAGGUGCCGCACGCGUGAAGAACGCGCCCUCCCCCUCUUACGUUUCGUAGUAAGACACAAGAUUA